AUGUCCCAGGCUACUAAAAGACCUCCCCGCACUAGGGGGAGGGGCACUACUCGAGGUACAAGAGGACAAGGACAAGCUGCCAUAACUACUGCUGCAUCCAGUGGCACCGGUGCACCCGCUGAUCCUCCCCAAUCUGACACCAUCUUGGGAGAUGUUGGAGCUGAUACAUCCUCUGGCAUGAAGAUCUGGCAGGAGGGAAAUAUCCAGUGCACUAAUGCCCCUGUGCAAUAUCUAGUUACUCAUGCUGUGGACUGCCGGAUUCUAUUCAACGAAGGAGGGAAGAAACCUGACGAUGAAGGCCCUCCAUCUGGCAGCAACAAAACUAAGAUAUGCACAGUUUGUAUCUACCCCCACUGUAGUAGGAUGGAAGUCAUUGGUAGUACGAUUUCUGCUGGGCUCAGCAGAAAUCAGCUUUCUACAGUGGUGAUCGCACAGCACAUAUUUGAGACAGAUCAGGAGUAUAUGGGGUGGUAUUCUGAGGACCCGGCCAAGUUCACGAGCGCAACUGGUGCAGGCAUUGACCCAUCUCAACCUAAUGCCAGCAAUAAUCUACUUGAACAAGUGAUCCUGGAGUUCCCGUGGUACAGCGCUCUUCGACGACAUUUGGGGGCACAACCCUGCAUAUGCCCCCAAGAAAUUUUCAUCUGCUCCAGGGGUGAAUCAUGCAGCGCAAGGGAAAAGAAAAGGAGGUCCCUCCUGAUCUCGAUGACGAAGCAGAUGGAGAUCGCUGAUGAUGGCCUUUCUCCCCCUGCCCCCGCUGUCAAUGCUCCCCCUGCCCCCGCCAUCAAUGCUCCCCCUGCCCCUGCUGUCAAUACUCCCCCUGCCCCUGCCAUAAAUACUCCUUCUGCCCCCGCCGUCAAUGCUCCCCCUGCCCCUGCCAUCAAUGCUCCCCCUGCUCCCAGCUGUCCCAUGUGGGCCGCGCGAUGGGCAAUCACUGACAUUCGCUCACCCCCAUCACCCCAAUCCAUCACAUCAUCAUCGGCAGCAUCGUCAUCAGCACGCACAAUAUUAUCCUCACAUCAGGUUGACGCCAUCUGCACACAAAGCAAGCAGGUCACACAAGCCAAAUUGAGCCUUUCGGGUGAAGUCCAAUCCAACAUCGAAGACAUGUGCAGCCAAGUCGAUUCUCUUAGCAAGGGCAUCCAUUACGUUUACUCGGUGAAGGUGGUGCACUCUGAAUACAAGAUCACCAAAGUAAAUUCCCACCGCCAGAAAGUUGAGAUCGACUUCCAGCACAAGCAAGCCGAGCUCGAACACAACGAGGCCGCUAUCAUCCAUCAACGUGUUCAAGAAUCAAAGUCCCUGGAGAUUCAGCUCUUCGAAGCCCAAGCCAAGGCUCAUCUUGAGAAGAGGGUUAUGCUUGAGCUCAAAUUGAGCUUCUCAAAUUGA